UUGUUGUGUUUUUAUACAAUUUGUAAAUAACCAUUUCAAUUUGUGUUGCUCUUUAUUACCGCGGCAAAUAAAACCAACCUCCCACCAGAAUAUUGAACGUAAUCGAAAGUUUAUUAAAUUUUACUACAAUAAAACAGCAUGAUAAAACCAUCUAAAAUAAAGUUAACAAUAAGAAAGAGCUCGCAAAAGUGUCGUAUAAUAAGAAAAAUGUCGACGAGCUCUCGCGCAGUGGGUUCCCGUGUGCGCGUGAAUCUUGAAAGCGGCGCACGAGCGCGUGAAAACGUUGGCGCUCGUUUAAACGUAACGUUAAAAAAACAAGAAUAUCAUCUUUUUAUAGUUCACUUCAAACCGUCCAAAAUUCAUUAACUAGCUUAGUUACCUGCGCCCUCACGUGUCGUUAUUGUAGUGAAACAAUGAGUCAGGUGGAGGGGCAGGAGUACACCUACAGAGGGGACUUUCCUCAAAGCUCCCUGAUGCCCUUACACCACGCCCAUGGAAGUCCUGGAAUGUCGAAUUCCUUCGGUCACACCGAAUAUUCCAGAAUGGAGGAAUCCCUCAGGGUGGAGGACUGUGCCGCCUACAGGCUCGUUCAGCCGCUGACAUGUGAUCAGUUACCUCCAGGUGCCCAGCUGAACUCAGCAACCUAUCCCGAAUACUUGCUGGCUCAGACAAGCCAUUAUCCACAUUUAAUGGGCCAGUCAUACGGCUCCAUUACUAGUCCAUGGCCAGCCCAGGAGGCAUAUCAUUAUGGGAUGCCAUCAGGAGAAAUCUGCCAUGCUGUGCCCAACAUGAGCUCCGAAGGCGCUGAAAGUUACAGUCUGGAGGCUUAUUCAACACACCAAGCGUUCAGACAUCAGAAUAUAUUGUGUGAUGUAAACCGUGGAGGGCAGGUCAUGAUGCUGAGCCCCGGUCAGAUGAAUCACACCGUGAUGGCCAAUCACAGCGCUCACCCACCCGUCCAGAGUCAUUCUUCUGAUCACUGCUCAUCCCAAGAUAAAGGAUGGAGAGUGUCUCCUGGACCACCUCAGACUCACCUGCCACCUGCUGGUGUCACAUUCAACCUCAUACCAGGACCUUAUGCCUCACAGCUCCAUCAAACUCUGUGCCCCACAUAUACUGAGACUGUAGGACAGAACCAGAUGGAUCAGACCAAAGGACACAACCGUGAGAACUUGGAGAAAUUGAAGCGACCCUGCAACUGCACAAAAUCUCAGUGUCUAAAACUUUACUGUGAAUGUUUUGCCAACGGUGAGGUUUGCAAAAACUGCAAAUGUAUCAACUGCUUCAAUAACACAGAGCAUGAGGCAGAGAGAUGUCAGGCCAUAAAGGUCUGUUUGGACAGGAAUCCAGGGGCCUUCCAACCCAAGAUCGGAAGCAGGAAACAGGGAAAUGUGAAGGGACAUCACACUAAGGGUUGCAACUGCAGACGGUCCGGAUGUCUGAAAAACUAUUGCGAGUGUUAUGAGGCCAAUAUCAUGUGCACAUCAACCUGUAAAUGCGUGGGGUGUCGAAACUAUGAAGAAAGUCCUAAGAAGAAGAGCUCAGCGCAGGGUGUCCCUGUUUCUGUCGUAUACUACCCAACCAGGUCUCCUCUGGCGGGCAUCACGCCCGACGUAGUGGGAGCCACAUGCGGCUGUCUCCUCGCUAAGGCUGAAGACGCGGAGAAGGAAGGGUACAUUUUGCCACACGCUGAGAAAAUGAUUUUGGAGGAGUUCGGCCAGUGUAUGACGCAAAUUGUUCAAUCGAUAUUCAAAUCCACCAAUGUCCAGUUAAAUUGCCAGGCGUAGCUUGAAAGCAACAUGUUCGGUGUUGUGAUCCGGAUUUGCUUUGAAAUGUGUAUCAACAAGUGUAUGAAUAAGUAUAUCAACAAAUUCUUUCAGUUUAGAAACAAUAUGUAUAUUUAUGUCCUAUCUUGAGAGUCAAGAAUUGCACAUUUUAUUUAUUUGACAUUUAUUUAUAUCCAUAUUUAUUUCCUGGCUGUUAAGUUUAACCCAUGUUUUUCCACAUUACUUGUUUGUUCUGGAAUGUUCUUUCUUGUUCAAAAACAUAGCCUGUUAUUCCCGUAACAGUAUUUUAGUCUUUUUCCUACAGUUGAUAUUGUGGGUUGUUUUGUCACAGUGUUUUGUACAUGUGUCCUUUGUUGUGUUUCUUUAUACAUGUUACAUCAUAUAAAGACAUGGCAAAUUAAAUUCAUAAAAAAGGUCAA